UUCGUGAUAAUCUCCAUCGUCUAUAUAAGGCAUGUCGCUAGUCGAGGUCGCCGCAACAAUCUGCAAUUUGAGUAUUCUUGUUUAGGAAGAAAGGGGAGACGAAAAUGGCGGUUUCGGAGGAGGGGCAAGUGAUCAGCUGCCAUUCGGCGGACGAGUGGAAGCAUCAGUUUGACAAAGGCGUCAGCGAUAAGAAACUGGUGGUGAUAGAUUUCACUGCUUCGUGGUGUGGGCCGUGCCGUUUCAUUGCUCCAAUUUUUGCUGAAAUUGCCAAAAAGACACCCCAUGUUGUAUUCUUGAAAGUGGAUGUCGAUGAGCUUAAGCAAUUCAAAAUAGAAGCAAUGCCCACAUUUGUGUUCAUAAAGGGAGGGGAAGAAGUGGACAGGCUUGUUGGUGCUAAGAAGGAAGAUCUGCAAGCCAAAGUUGCCCAACAUGGUGCUAUCAAUGUUUAAGGUUUUCUGAAGAUGUAACUACCUUCCUGCUUGUGCUUGUAAUAAUCAUACCUCAUGUGGUGAAUAUAUAUAUAUACAUAUAUAUGUGUGUGUGUGCUCUGUUUUAUAUGGACAAUAUUAGUUAUGAGCAAUGUAGUAUCCUCUGGUAAUUUUGAUUGCUGGAAGCUCCAUUAUUUGUUAUGUGUAUCAUCAGUUCUGUACUAUGAAGUUAUCCUGUAAUAACUCAUUGUUUAGUUAAGCAUUAUUGGUCAGAA